AUGCAGCUGCGGCGCAAGACACGCGAGUUCAAGAAGCGGCUGAAGCAGGGAGAGACGCUGGAUGACAUACAGGCAGAGGCCUUUGCUGUGGUGCGAGAGGCGGCUCAGCGCACCCUCUGCAUGCGCCACUUCGACGUGCAGAUCGUGGGCGGCGCAGUGCUGCAUGCAGGGGCGAUAGCAGAGAUGAAGACGGGCGAGGGGAAGACUCUGGUGUCCACAUUGGCAGCUUACCUCAACGCUCUUGUCGGGAAGGGCGUGCACGGUGAGGGCUCAUCUGGGGAAGGUAUGUGCAGUGUAGCAGGAUGA